AGUAAACUUACAUCUGGAAGACAAGUAUGACACGGCAUUAUUUUUUACAAAGUUUGUGAAAAUCACAGAUGCACUACUCAGUGACUCACAAUUCAGCCAAUCGCCUUUCAGUUGUCCUGAACUCCGCCAAGUAGCCAAUGAGACUCGAGGUGGGCGGGCCAGUGACACGUGGUCCAUUAUUGUACCGGAAACAUAUCGACGAAGCAUGGAAUGGGGGAAGAUGGGCAUCCAAAUCAAGGAGGAGACCCCUGACCUGGAGCUCAGCUGGGUGAAGCAGGAGGAGAUCGAGGCAGAUUCCAGGCAGGAGACCCCUGACCCGGGGAGCCCCUGGAUAAAAGAAGAGCCCUCUGAGCAUGGAACUCACAGCACUGCCGAGACUGUGGGGGAGCUGGGACACAUCUGCAUUGUGGGAGAGGUUCCUGAGCUGAAAGAGGAAGGCACUAAAGAAGAGAAGGCUUGGGAUCUGUGUCCCGAUGAGCCAGAGGAGAAACAGCACAGCCUGGAGCUCAGCACUGGGCUUCAGCCUCUUCAUGUAGCUGAAGGACUCCACCAAGGCUCACGGAGAGAUGGCUCCAGGGCUCUGUCUGAAGCCCUCCACCCCGACGCCAAGCCAGGGAUGAAAACGGAGCAGCAGGACGGAGCAGGGAUCUUGCCGGCUGUCCAGCAGUGCACGAAGUGUGGGCAGAGCUUUUCCCCCGGGGACACUGCUGCCUCCAGACCCUUGUUCCUGACUGGAGACCCCCCAUACCGCUGCCCAGAGUGCGGGGACUCCUUUAUCCAGCUGGGCAACUUCAAAUCUCACCAGCGCGUGCACACCAACGAGAGCCAGCUGCGCUGCCCGGCCUGCAAGCGCUUGGCCAGGGACUUGGGCAGCGUGGAGAUCUGCCAGAGCGUGCCGGUGAGGGAGACGCCCUACAGCUGCGGCCAGUGCGAGGCCAGCUUCAGCACCACGGUGGCGCUGAAGUACCACCAGAGGGAGCACACCGGGGAGCGCCUGUUCCACUGCCUGGUCUGCGGCAAGAGUUUCAGCCGGGCGCAGCACCUGCGCAACCACCGCAGGAUCCACUCGGGAGAGACACCCUACCGCUGCGGCGACUGCGGCAAGAGCUUCAACCAGUCGGGGGCGCUGAAGAGGCACCAGCGCAUCCACACGGGUGAGAUGCCCUACCAUUGCAACGAGUGCGGCCGCAGGUUCAUCCAUGGCGGUGCCCUCAACAUGCACCACCGCCGAGCCCACGCCGGCAAGACCCCCUACCGCUGCGCGCAUUGCGGAGACGGGUUCACCUAUGCCUACCAGCUGAAGGGACAUUUGUGCAACGGCCCCCAGUGCUCGCGAUAGUGACAGGCCUGCCGCAGGCAGCACUGCCACACGAAGCUUGGCAAUCAGGUGUAACUCCCUCCCCUUGACGGGCAGAGAACAGCAGGGUGAGCCACCCCAGGCAUUCCAACCCCCAGGUGCUGCGUUCGUCCACACAGACAGACCAGGUGAGAAAUGACAUGCUGUGUGUCGGCUUCAACACUAUGAUCUGCAGCUCUUGCAACCCUGGGACACUUCAGGCUGAAGCAUACUGCCCUUCACACACGUGAGAAAAAACAGCCAGGUAAAAUCUGAACUGAGGAAUUAUGAGAUCUUUUUAUAAGACAUGGAUGCUUCAUUGUUAGGAAAGAUGGAAAGAGAAGAACUUACAGCUGACCUGUGUGAGGCUGUAUUCCGUGAUGUUGUGUUAGAAAAGGGGGUUCGCUGGAGUCGGUACAGCACAGAAGGUGGCCUGCCUGACUGGCACAUACACCCCAGUAGGAGAGAAGGUCUGGGGUCUCUCUCUGAGGUGACACUCCUCCACCUGCCCAAACUACAUGACAGCGGUACAGCACCUCUGCAGCACACUCAACUUCAGGUUCGGGGAGACACUCCCCUGUCACAAGUCCCCUCUGUGUGUCCUGGUACAUUUGUACUGGGUCUCCCUUUCCUCACCAGCCAGGAAAGAGACCCUAACUGUUAUGUGGCAGGGGAGGUUGUUCAGUUAUAUCAUCAGCAGCAGAGCUUUAUAUUUGUGAGAUGAGCUCUUGGAAAAACGUCUCUGGUACUUUAUGAAUGUUACUACUUAAAGUAAUAGUAAUCCCAACUAAAAGAAAAAACAACCUACUCAGAGUGUUCAUGCCUUCAGCUACAAUGACAGAACAUACUACAAACUUCCUGAACUUUCUUAGUAGGAAGUAGACUAAGUGCUUUAUUGGUGGAUGAGCCCAGGAGCCCAGGAGUCUUCUAAUUGAAUAAUAGCUUACUGUUUAUUGUGAGUAGGACACCCUCUUUUUAUAACUGCACUAUCUCCAUCUGUCUAACUUCUCCUCCACCACUCCAGAAGGUGGUGCUGCAUUUUCAAGCUUGUCUGGACCCUAGAGAAGAGAUGAAAGGAGACGUCAAUCGGGUAUCAUCUAGUCCAGGUCUCUCAAACGCAGAUCCUGGAGGGCCUUGCAUCCUCUGGCUACUGGUACUACCUAAGUAGUCAAUUAAACAAUUAACCUAAUUAUUUUCUACAUUAGGCCUACAUAUAAUUUUCUUAAAGUCUUUUACAGUUGAUUAAACAAGACAUUCUUUUCAUUUCAGGUGUAUUAACAUAAAUCACCUCAUGAUCAGGUUAGGAGUAUCACCAUCAUGCAGCUAACUAAAUAGCUAGAACAACCAUGUAACUGAGAAACUGGGUGGAACAGAAAACAGAAGACACCGGGACUCCAAGACCCCUGCUGUAAACAAAUGAAAAUUUGUUUUCAAUAUUAAUAAAAUAUUAGAAAAGCUGCAUUUUAUUAACUGCAUUUCAUGCAGCACGCUGUUUACUAUACCUCUGCACCAGACAUUCCAUCUUUCAGCCUUUUUAAUGGGGCUUCCUAGGCCCCUAUGGGUAAGUAACAGCAGUAGUACAAGCGCAGUGGUGUUGUGUUCACAGGGGGUUCGCUGGAGUCAGUAUACAGUAGCACAGCCCCCAUCCUCCUGACCCCAGGGGGUGCAACACAGAGGUGAAGCCACACUGUGUGUCCAGUGUUCCGGUUGUCACAGCAACAUCCCUGCUCCCAAGGCCAGGGGUUGGGAAUGCUGGAAAGUCAGGAGAAUCUCCGGAGAAUCCUGACUUGUGGAAGAAUGGAGAUAUUGAAGGAAGCACCGUGGGAAAGUAGCUAGAGGAGAAGGCCUUGUGGUAUAGUUGCUCAGGGAACUCAUAGUACUUGUUUUAAAGUUAACUGACCCAGUAAAACAGACCUUAGUGCAGGGGUCUCUGGUAGCGGUCCUGGAAGGCUGAAGAGCUGGAAGAAGCUGUUUGAUUUGUCCCAUUAUGCCAAUAAUGAGUUGAUUAAAUGUAUUAAGCGGAGAGAGACACUGCAUGUGUCUAUAACAGAUCUAUUUGCUGCUUUAGAGUUCUUUUCAGUCCUUGGUUUAAAACAAAAUUUGUUAAUUUUAACUAUCUGUACCUAUGCCUAUACCCUAGGUACCAUGAAAUACCCUGUCAACUUCAGGAUACUGUACUUCAUGCAGUCACUCCACUGCAAUUUUCCUCACGGGAUCAAUAAAGUAUCAAUCCACAA